AGGCGCUGAGAAGUUCCCAUGCCGGAGGUGGAGAUGAAGGAGGAGGCUCCUGACGCGCACUUCACAGUGGACAAACAGAACAUCUCUCUCUGGCCUCGAGAGCCUCCUCCCAAGCAAGAUCCAGUUCUAAGGAAGCCUCUCUGCAUCUGCGUGGCCUUCUCCUGUCUGGCAGUGGUGCUGGUCGCCUCUAUUGUGCUUCAGGCUGUUUUCUAUCCCAGGCUGAUGGGCAAAAUAUUGGAUGUGAAGAGUGAUGCCCAGAUGUUGAAAGGUCGCGUGGACAACAUCAGCACCCUGGGCUCUGAUCUUAAGACUGAAAGAGGCCGUGUGGAUGGUGCUGAAGCGCAGAUGCGGAUAGUGAACGCCAGCCUCAACAGGGUGCGUUCUCAAAUCCUGUAUUUGGAAACCAGCAUGAAGCUAACCCAGGAUCAGCUCCAGCUAUUAACAAUGAGCUGGGGAGAGGUUGACAAUCUCAAUGCCAAAAUCCCAGAGCUGCAAAGAGAUCUGGAUAAAGCCAGCGCCUUGAACGAAAAGGUCCGAGGACUACAGUACAGCUUGGAGAAGGUCAACAAGCUACUCAAGGGGCAGAGUGACAUUUUGGAGAUGGUGGCUCAAGGCUGGAGGUACUUCGAGGGUAACUUCUAUUACUUUUCACGCAUCACAAAGACCUGGUAUAGUGCGGAGCAGUUCUGUGUUUCUAGGGAAGCCCACCUGACCUCAGUGUCCUCAGAAUCAGAACAAGAGUUUCUCUACAAGGCAGCAGGUGGAAUUCCACACUGGAUUGGACUUACCAAGGCAGGGAGUGAAGGGAACUGGUACUGGGUGGACCAGACGCCAUUCAACAAGGAACAAAGCAAGAGGUUCUGGAUUCCAGGUGAACCCAACAACACAGGGAACAAUGAGCACUGUGCCAAUCUCAGGGUGUAUGCCCUGAAGUGCUGGAAUGAUUCUUCCUGUGACAAUAUGUUUUUUUUCAUCUGCAAAAGGCCCUACAUCCAAACAAUCCAGUGACAGGCCUGGUCUGAACUCAGCAUCUGUGGGGAACAGGGCCUCAGCCGAAGAGAUGUUUCUCUGCCUGCAGAGAUGUUUCUCUGCCUGAAGAGAUGUUUCUCUGCCUGAGGCUCUGACACUGCGCUGCACUUUGUGUAUUUCUUGCUUGAAAAUUGUGCCAAACACGGCCUGGGGUCCUUCGAUCCUGCUGGCGAGUCUCUACCCCUGAAGGCCUUGGAGGAGGGAGCUUGGGUUAAAUGGGCAAGUCCUUGUUGCCCAGGUAAGGCAAGUCAGCACCCCAAACAUUUUGCUUAGAUUUUUCCUGAUCCUUCUAAGAAGCCUUGACUGACUUUAUAAAAGCUACUUUCAAAUGUGGCCAGUAUUUGAGGAGACAGACAUGCCCAAAUUUAACCAUGAUACAAUUUAUACAACAUGUAUUAGAACACUUCGUGGUACUCUCAAAAUAUGUAAAUAUGUUGUUUUUAUGUGCCUAUUGAAAAUAAAUAUAAAGACUGAC